AUCUCAAACAUUUUGAAAUAAAAUUCAAUCGAUUGCAUUCAAUCAUUUUGUCUUAUUUGUAAAGCUAUUUAUAUAAUUCAAAAACUCGUUGAAAAUAUAAUAGUACCAGAAGAGGUGAUUCAAAUUUUCCCUCCAAUUCGCUUUAGUUGCCUCAUCUGCCUUUAGGUGGCGUGAAUCCUUCAAAAUCAGGUGGAUUGUUGAUCGCCAUGAAUUUCCUGUCGCAUUUUGACAGAAAACAAGAGGUUAUGUAAAGUGUAAUAUAAAUCAGUUUCAUAUUUAUAAUUUUAUUAUUUCCUAAAAUAAAAUAUCAUCAAAAAUGUAAUCAAUAUGUGUAACUCCAUUAAAUAAGUGUUGCUCAUUUCAAAAUGUGGAUUUGAUUUACAAUCAAAAUGGGAGCAAACAUAACCCAACUAGAAAAGGACAUUGGAGCUGACCAAUUUCCGCCAAAUGAGCAUUAUUUUGGACUUGUAAAUUUUGGAAAUACCUGCUACAGCAACUCUGUUCUUCAAGCUCUUUAUUUCUGUAAGCCAUUUAGAGAGAAAGUUCUAGAAUACAAAGCUAGAAAUAAGAGAACUAAAGAAACUCUUCUCUCAUGUUUGGCCGAUCUAUUUCACUCGAUUGCCACACAGAAGAAAAAGGUUGGCUCUAUUGCUCCAAAGAAAUUCAUCGCUCGUCUCAGAAAAGAAAAAGAGGAGUUCGACAACUAUAUGCAGCAAGAUGCUCAUGAAUUCCUCAACUUCCUUAUCAACCAUAUUAAUGAAAUAAUCCUGGCGGAAAGAGGCCAGAAUAGCAGCAACAAAGGAGGCCGUGUUGGCGGGGGGUCGGUGGGUCCGGGCGGGGGGAGUGACGGUGACCAGUCAUCCAAUAAGAAUGGCGGCGACUUCUCGGCCCAAUCAGAACCCACCUGGGUGCAUGAGAUAUUCCAAGGCAUCCUCACCUCCGAGACCAGAUGCUUGAACUGCGAAACUGUAAGUAGUAAAGAUGAAGACUUCUUCGACCUGCAGGUGGAUAUCGACCAGAACACAUCGAUCACCCACUGCCUGCGAUGCUUCUCCAACAUAGAAAUGCUCAGCAACGAGAACAAAUUCAAAUGCGAUCAUUGCUCCAGCUAUCAGGAGGCAACUAAACGAAUGAGAGUGAAAAAACUGCCAAUGAUUCUAGCGCUGCAUCUGAAACGGUUCAAGUACAUGGAGCAGUACAACAGGCACAUCAAAGUGUCUCACAGGGUCGUCUUCCCCCUCGAGCUCAGAUUAUUCAAUUUGAGUGAUGAUGCUGUGAACCCGGACCGAAUGUACAAUUUGGUGGCUGUUGUUAUACACUGUGGCAGUGGACCUAAUAGAGGCCAUUACAUUAGUAUUGUUAAAUCUCACGACUUCUGGCUCUUGUUCGAUGAUGAUAUGGUCGAUAAAAUAGAGCAGUCAGCGAUCGAAGACUUCUAUGGUCUGACGUCGGACGUUCAAAAGUCUUCGGAGACCGGCUACAUUCUGUUCUAUCAGUCGAGGGAUGGCCAAGAAACCAAGACCUCGUCUUCAGAGACCAAAAUGAACGGCAAAUGAUGGCAACGCUUUCUACGUAAAAGUGCCACCUCAUGGAAUGGGUGAUAUGUUUGUGGUGUAAAUGCAAGCUAACUGACAAAUUAAUUACUUUGUAGGUAACGAUCGAAUGCCUAAUACCGUUGAUAUUGUUUUCUCCAUUGUUUAUUAUUGUUGUUAUUGUUAUCGAUUUUAGAUGAUUAUUUAUUUAAACUAUUUAUUGUUUAUUUGAAAACAUUCACUGCUAGUGUAUAUUUACAAUCAUUGAAGAGAUUAACCAUAAAUAUACUUGUUCGAAAUUAAAUGCUGCUAGUGUAUAUUUACGAUCAUUGAAGAAAAUAACCAUUUAAUAUACUUGUUCGAAAUUAAUUAUCUACUUAAAUCUAGACACAGUAACGACUAGCGUUGUGUAUGAAGGCAAUAGAAAAAGUCAAUUCCAAUCGUUGAUGAAUAAUUUUGUUGAAAUGAACUAAUUUGGUGGAAUAUUACAUGCAAACCCACAAGGGACUGGUAUGAUAUUAUAUGUUGAUGAAGGGUAACUCCUUUGCAAGGGGUAUGAAUAUCUCUUCGAAUAUAGUGAUAAGUAACUUCUAGAAAUUCCAAAUUUUGUAUACUAAAUUAGAUGAGAAGGUUAGUUGUUGUUAGUAGAAGCACUCUUGAAAAUAACGACAGUAAAGAAUCAUUAGUACCUAUCCUCCUAAAUGAUAUUAUAUCCGUUACUCAAUCAUAGUUUAGUCUUCAAUUAUAUUAUUUGUGGGUAAAAGUAACUGGGUGAAGUAUCUGUGGGUGACAAAAUUUCUGGAAAAUAAAGUAUUCUGAAAUUACACCUGUUGAAGUAUUUGCGGAUAUAGAUUCUGAUUUCGAAUGUAGGAUCUUGGAAAUAGUUAUUUGCCAAAAAGUAUCCAAUAGUAUCAAAACUAUUAGACCUACUAGUUUUGUCGACUAUGUAAUUCUUUUAUUGUUGUCUGCAUUAAUAAUUCUCAUGUGCCUACUCUAAAAAUAAUUGAAUUUAUUGAAUUAGAAUUUCACAACUCUAUUACU